AUGGUAUCAAGCAAGAGCAGUGAAAUGGCAGUUUUUGUCGUGUCACGUCUGUGUUCUUUUUUCUGUCAAGAAAGGCCACGAACCACAAUCGACGCCAUUGCUGAGUCCGAUGUCAGAUGGGACCUGGAGAUCUGCGAACGUAAAACUGGUGACUGGACUAGAUUCACAAAAGAGAGAUGGAGUGAUAAUGAGAAACUUUUAAGCGAUGUGCUCACUAAAGCACUUCAUGUCAUUAAAGAGUGCGAAGAUGGUGAACAUAAACUAAAGGAUAACCAAAGAAAAAUGGUACAUGUACUCUCGUACUGCUUUCCUGUGAGAAAACUGAGCCUUGCCCAAAACAACAACUAUAAUACCGUUUAUUCUGAAUACUUGAAAACUAACUGCUCUCUGACAGUUUUAAGUUUGAAGAAUGGCGAGUUCGACGAGUUGUUGUUAGCAACAAUCGAGGCAGCUCUGCUUCGUAAACGAAAUCUAAAACAUUUCAAUUUAGAGAUAAUGAAUUUUGAGUUUAUUGGCCUUAACUUCUUAAGCUUACUUUAUGCUAGAGAGAUCAGUUUGGAUUCAGUUUUCCCCUGUUCUUAUGUAAAUAGCGCCAUUGCAAAUGUUACAAAGCGAGGGGAGUGGAUGGAGAAUGUUGGUGCCGAUGCACUCGCGAAGUGUCUUCAGUCGUAUCGUCUCUUAACACAUAUAGAAUUUAGAGGAGUCGUUCUCCGUUGUAAAGGAGCCGCAGCACUCGCAGAGGUUAUUCGUACGAGCCCCAGUUUGACACGUAUAAGUCUUCGUGAUUGUGGCAUCAGUGAUUUAGGAGCCAUGGUAAUAUCUAUCGCUCUGGAGUCAAAUUGUACUUUAACCCAUCUAAGUCUGGCGCAAAAUCUGAUCCACGGUCAAGGAGCAAAUGAUCUUGCAUAUUAUGGUCUAAAACGAAAUCGCACUUAACAGUAUCUUGAUCUUUCUGAUAAUGACGAUGGUGAUUCAGUUGCUAAGCAGCUUGCUUUUGCUUUGGAAUCUAAUUCCUCUCUCACCUAUCUGGAUUUAAGUCAUUUACGAAAAGGUGAUGAAAGAUCAUGCUGUUCAGUGGAUUCUGGUGAAAUCUCUCACAUUGUUGUUCGCUCUAAAUUGAUUUGCCACUCGGGCGCGUUAGCAAUUGCAAAAGCCCUUUCCUUGAAUCCUACGCUGACAUAUUUAGACCUUUCAUUCAAUAAUAUCAAGCAGGCUGGAGCUGCAGCACUUGGAGUGGCUCUCCAAACAAACUGCUCUUUGAGUCAUUUAUACCUGUGCGGCAAUUUGAUUGGUGAUUUGGGAGCAACAUCCCUUGGGAAAGGUCUGAAAUCAAACUGCACACUAACUCAAUUAUAUCUGACUGAAAAUGGGAUUGGAGAUGAAGGAGCAAAAGCCCUUGGAAUGGUAAUGCAAUCAAAUCACAAUUUGACCCAUUUAAAUCUACAAGUUAACCUUAUUGGUGAUGCAGGGACAGCCGUCUUAGCACAGGCACUGGAAUGUAAUGGUGUUCAAUUGACCCAUUUAGAUUUGGCUCUUAAUAAGAUCAGCUGUGUGGGUGCAGAAGCCCUCGCGAAAGCUCUAGAGUCUAACAGCUCUCUUAAGGCUUUAGAGUUGGGGUACAAUGCGAUCGGCUGUACGGGAGCAUCUUCGUUUGGAAAAGCGCUUCGAUCAAAUCGUACUCUAACGCACUUGCGUGUAACCGGUAACAAUAUCACUGAAUCUGGAGCCGCAGCAUUGGUGCAUGCUCUGCUAAUUAAUAACAGCUUGAUCUAUUUGAAUGCGGAACAUAAUCCAAUUAGUCCACUCGAGGCGGAAAACUUAAAACGAGAUAUCCAAUCGCAUUGUGUUAUUUUUUUGUAG